AUGUCUUCUUACGUAUAUCUCGGACGUUCGAUGAACAUGUUCUCCGCGAAUGAUCUGAAAGCAGAACUAAACAGAGAGCGAAGUGCAGCUUGGACCGCCUUUGGGCUGCUAAAGGAAGCCACAGAUAACGGACUCCGAGCUUCGAGUCCACCUGUUCUAGCCAACCUCUCUUCUCUUCUCCCUGCGUUCUGUGCAGCAGAGAAGUGGCCUGACACUGUGGUUACGUCGAAGGCACUCCGAACUAUCCAAAUAGCGCUCCAACGAUGUCUUCUGAAGUACAACCGAUGCACUCAAUAUCUCGUCGGUGUCUCGUCUUCGCGAUUCAGCAAAAUACGUUCAAGUUACAUAAUAAGAAGGACAGACGACAGAUGGACGAAGAACUCUGGAGUAGAUCCCUCGCGAAGCAAAACGUCCUCGAGGGACCACUCAGAUGGGCUGACUUGUUCGUUGCACGGAUGGACCGCUAAAUUCUCAGCUGGUAACGAGUAA